GUCAUGUAGCACUCAUAGGACGGGUAGAACAUUGCCGGGAGAAGGGUCCAAUGAGGGCGUCAUGUUUUACAAGAGCUCACGCCAGCGCUCCUGUGGUACUUCGGUCACAAAUCCUUUGAAAUGCGUACCAUGAAUUAAAGAUUCUCUUGCUUUGAAAACUACCGCUACCAUCAUUUGUCCCGUUCUUCUCUCUGCACGCCGCAGAAUAAGGUGCUGACUAUAUACGAACUAUGGCGAUAGUGGACCAGCUUGGCGGCGACCGCAUUUCUGAGUAUGCAACGGCUGCGCUAGUAUUGAUUGUCGGUUGGCAAAUAACGGCCAUAGUCUACAACCUCUACUUGCAUCCACUGCGCAACUUUCCGGGGCCGAUAACCAGCAGGGCAUCCAGCAUCCCCUGGGCCAUCCGCCACGCCACGGGCGUUCAGUUUCUGCACACCCAGAAGUCGCACGAUGAGUACGGGCCAGUCGUGCGCAUCGGUCCCAACCACCUGUCCUUCACGGACGUGCGGGCAUGGAAGGACAUCUACGGCCACCGGGUCGGCGCCGAGAGCUCUAUGCAGGAGAUGCCCAAGGCCAGGCCCUUCUACAAUGUGAUCCGCGGCGUCCCGACAUCCAUCGUUACCGCCGAUAGGGACGAGCACCAGAGGUUCCGCCGGGCGCUAGCUCACGGCUUCUCGGACAACUCCAUGCGCGAGCAGGAGCCGCUGAUUCAGCACUACGUAGACCUCCUCGUCACGCGCUUACACGAGGAGUGCGACCGCGGCGGCAAGGCGCUGAAUCUGGAGGCCUGGUACAACUGGACGACGUUUGACGUCGUCGGCGACCUCGUCUUCGGGCAGUCCUUCCAGUGCCUCGAGAACGUGGCGUACCACCCGUGGGUCUCGUUCAUCUUCAAGAGCGUCCGGUUCGGCUCCGUCGCCGUUGCGCUGACCUACGUCGGGCUCAACUGGCUCGUGCAGAUCCUGUUCAAGCUCAACGGCUUCAUGGCCAUCAGCAACAUGCGCCACCACAUCAGGACCUUCGUCAAGAAUCGUCUCAGUGUCGAGAAGGAGCGCAAUGAUCUCUUCGAGGGCAUCGUCAGCAAGAGGAAGGAAUGGAACAUCUCGUUCGAAAAGCUGUCCUCGAAUGCAUUCAUCCUAGUCCUGGCCGGCUCCGAGACCACGGCGACGACGCUGUCUGGCGCAACCUAUCUAUUGCUGUCCAACCCGGCCGCGUUGCAGAGACUGACAGAUGAGGUUCGCUCGAGCUUCAAGAACGUCGAUGAGAUCAACAUCAACUCGGUCAAUAGAUUGACGUACAUGCUCGCGGUACUGAAUGAGUCUCUUCGGGUUUACCCGCCUGUGACUUCAAGUCUGGCGCGAGCAGUGCCCGGUAAAGGGAGCGAGAUUGCAGGGCAUUUUGUGGCGGGAGGUACGUACGUAGAGGUCCAGCAUUGGUCGAUGAAUCACAGCAAGGAGAACUGGACAGAACCGUGGACUUUUGACCCAGAGCGGUUUCUGCAUGAGUCGAAGGAAGCUUCCGAGAACAAACUCGAGGCUCUGCAGCCGUUCAAUGUCGGGCCCAGAAACUGCAUCGGGCGCAACCUGGCCUAUGCUGAGAUGCGUCUCAUAUUGGCUAGAAUCAUCUAUGAUUUCGAUCUGAAGCUUGCAGACGACAGCAAGAACUGGGUUGAACGUCAGAAAGCGUAUCCUCUGUGGGACAGGAUACCGUUGAAUGUGCACUUGACUCCCGUUAGUUCAAGGCAUUAGUUUGAUUGUCGAUAAGCUUUUCGUUACGGACACAAAAUUG